GAAAAAAUGUCAGUAAAUAGUGAUGCGUCAAUACCCCAUCCAUUAUGUUACUGUGGAGUGCAUGCACGUUUAAGGUACUCAUGGACUAGUGACAACCCCGGAAGAAAGUGGUACGGUUGUAUAAAGUAUAAGAAAGAUGGGGAUUGUGAUUUUUUUAUGUGGGCUGAUAACCGAAUGACUUCUUAUGAGAAGAGAUUGGAGGAACAUAUGAGAGACAUAGAGGAAGGGAGACGGGCUGAUAUUGAGAAAGUUGAGAAGAUGACAAUGGCCAAUAUUGACAGACUUGAGAAACUAAUUGAAACAAGACACAACGAACAAUAUGAGAGACUUCGGUUGGAGUUUGGUCUUAAUAGAAAGAUGUUUUGGGCAGCAGUAGUUGUAAUCAUUUUGGGCAUUGUAAUUUAUUUUAGUAGUUAUAGCAGUUCUGAAGUUAGCUACUUGAUGUUAGAAUGAAAGAUGAAAACAUUAUUAGGUUAAAAAUUGUCAUUGUCAAAUAUUUUAUGUUCUUAUUAGUUUCAGAAUAGAAGUGGUUGAAGGAAACCUUACUUUUGCCACUUGGAUUUCCUCAUAUAUUAUGAUUGACACGUCUAUUUAAAUGCUAUUUAA